AUGAUCUUCCUUCAGGUCUUGGAACAGGCAAGUUAUCUUACUACCAUAACUACAGCAAGCUUCACCUUCACCAUCUCUAUUAACACAAGGUGCUGUUUUGCGGUCGCCCUCAUUUAUUAUUCAAUCAUUUCAUCUCUUCAAUCUCCCCAAGCCAGCGCGCUAGGGCUCAUUGCCCAGAUUCAGUUAAGACAAAUCCCCGGCUUGCCGGAGCCAAGCAGAGACGAUCCUACUUCGCAUCACAAAUUAUCUGCACAUCAACCCUCAAGUCUCCGGUUGCAGGAUGUGGACCACAACUUUGAUAAUGAACUGCUGAGAAGAGUUUUCAACGUGCCUUUUAGCUCCCGAUUUUGGCGUGCUAGUAUUCCGCCAAAAUUGCCCACACCCCAUGUCUGGCCGGGUCGUACUCUCAAACUCAGGAAAUUAUCAAGGACUCAACAGUCGCUCUGUUCAUGUACGCCGACCAGUGGUUGCCGAAAUAUAAUAAGAGCCUUGACCAGGGACCCCAGUUCGAAGGGACCCCAGUUCGACGGGACCCCAGUUCGACGGGCCUCAAGAGCCCCAUUUUGUGUCCUUGUUGCCCGUGUUGCCCGAGGCGUGCAACUGACAACUGACCAAUAUCAGAAACUGCUGGUGUGGAGUAGUAUCGGUGACAGGAGGAACCGGCAGUCUUCGCCCAGACCCCUGGUUUCAUACGCCGGAAUUGGUGAUGAAGGCGGCGUUCAAGCAGUUUUGCCAUCGCUUACCGGGAUUCCACAUAUGUCAAUCCUGCCGUGCUUGGCAGGAGCUGGGACGCCGCACGAUUCGCCGGAAUCGAGAUUCUUGAGCUUGCAUGUGUCACUUCACACCGUUGCUGUGAAGCUGGAGAAUACGGGACCAGGGACCUUUUGGCAGGAGGCUCCCACCACAACGUUUGAGUAUAUGCGGUCAGGGGCUACGACAGCCUCACUGACUUCUCCUUACAUGCAUGUUCACCUAUGCUGGGACAUCCUUGAUGGGAAAUCAUCGAGUCAUUCCAUCUGUACCUUGUCUCAAAGCCGCUUUGAGUGA